CUUUACUCGAGCAUCUCUCUCUCUCAUCCACAACGACAGAAGUCGCUCCACAGCAACAGCAACUACUACAUCAACUACACAACAAGCACUUUGCCACUGAGAACUUUUGCGACACAAACCAACGCACAGACAAUGAGCCACGCCGACACGACCAUCGCCCAGCUCAUCUCGCUCGGCCUCUCCGAGUCGGACGCACGCGCAGCCGCCGAAGCGCUGGGCGACGACGCACCCUCCUACCUCCCCUCGCUGCCCAACGCGUCGCCGCCCGCGCCGACAGGCUACACGCCGCUCGCGGACGACCUGCCAGCGUACGAGCCGACCGACGCCGAGCGCGCACGCCGCGCGCAGCUCGGGCGCGAGGAGUUCCUGCAGCGCGAGCAGGCUCUGCGCGAGCUGUAUGCGCGGUACCAUGCCGAGCGGCGUGCGAGCGUCGCGAGCGUCAAGGUGGUCGAGGAGGAGCGCGAGGUGCCCUCUGGCAUGAGGGGCAUGGGGCGCCGCAUGAGCGACGCGGUCAAGAACGCCGAGUCGACCUGGACCAAGAAGUCGGCAAAGUACUACAUGCCCAUGCUGAGCCGCUGGGGCACGCGUUAGAGGAGUGGAGACGAGAGAUGUGGCCAGGAGGCCACGACGAGGUGGAUGCCGGACAUCGCACGAUUGUAUGAGGAGCACACACACACCAUUCAGCUGUCGGACCAUACCCGACACGCCCGUUGUACGAAGCCAGCAGCAGUCAAGAGAGAUAUGUACGCCGAGUAUGCAGCAGACACGACGAGAGCGCAGAGGCAAGAGUUGGGUGCAGCAGCAGCAGUGAACGAGCUAGUUGCAUGCAUGAGUGUCGAUGC